UUCACACUAUAGACCAGAAGUUGCCAUCUCACUAUCAUAGAUCACAGGAUGAGGCAGUGUUCGUUUAUAGACAUGAGUGUUUUAGCAGAGGCCAUCCUGAGCGUCUGUCAGGGGUUGUAAGAAAUACAGCAGUUAGGCGUACUCAACGGGAAAAAUCCAUCAGGGACCUUGAAGCAAAACAUGGCAAGAUCCUCUUUGAUGACAAUGAUUCUCAUGACAAAAGUCCUGUCAAAACUAAAAUAUGCUGCUUGAAAAAAGAAGUUGACGAAAGCCAUCCAUUGUUGAAGAGCAACCAAGCAUCAAAUGGCCUCCCCACUGGGACCCUAGCAGGGACUCAGAAAAGGGCAAAGUCCUCAAAGGUGACCACUGUCUACUUCAACUCUCGGGGCCCAACAAGCGACAUUCAGACCAUGAGCCCGAGCAAACUCCACCACCAGGUGGCUGAUAUACUCUCAGCCUUGAACCAGAGUGAUGAUGAAGACGGUCCCCCUUUCAAAAGGUCAUGCACAAUCCGUACCGUUCAUAGACCUGCAGAUCUGGAGAAAAAAGGUGCUACCCUGGCGUGUCUGGAUAAACUUUCCCAGGACAGCAACCUCCCUACGUCUUGCAAUCAUCUCAUGUUUGGAUGUCCCCUGGAUGAAAAUGAUGAUCUUGAUGACAACGAUUUGAGUCUGGACUUUGAUCCCAGUUUGUACGGCACAAAUCAUGAUUACAUGUCCAUUUUGAAUAGUUUAAACACAGAUUUUGGUUCCAAGUGUCUGGAUGAUGGCUUGUGUCAUACUGUGAUGUGUAGCCGGGACAUUGACGUUCUCAAUGGGCAGAUGAUGUCCAAUAAUGCUAUAGAUUCUGUGACCAGUUUUUUGGAUGAUCAGAUCUUAACACCGGCAUAUUUUGAUCCAGAAACAGGGUUGGUAACCCUGCUGUUACCUGAAUUCUGAAUUUUUUAUUUUCAACACCAUUGGGCAUGUUUUUUUAAAGUUGUUAUUUUGUAGCAUUCCUAUUUGAUUUUUCUGACAGUGUUGGAAAAUAAAAUAAAAAAUCUA